AGAUCGAGACUGACAGAACGUGUGGUGUGUGCUGUAGGAGCUACACAGCCCACCCCAAAAGAUUCAUAAUACUGGAAACCUCAAACACAGCAUGACUGCACAGCAGCUAGACAUUCAGCAGCUCACAACAACUGUGUGACGGGACAGAGCGCUCAAAACUUCACACAAGUUCAUGUGAGGAGUGUUACGGGGAACACAACUGGAGACUAAGCAGGUGGUGCUUCUGGAACAGAAAUAUAGGCCUAGCGGUUUCCUUGGAAACACCGUACACAAAGCAGCGAAGGUUCCUUUAUUAGGCAUCAUUACACAGAGACCAGGCUUGCCGCAGUCAGAAUGAGUGCUUCAGAGGAAAUAAUGGGGAUUCUCCAGAACGUCUGGACCAGACUGCAGGCUCUUCCCCAAGCCCACCCGCUCACGCAGACGGCGUUUCUCAUCAUCCUGCUGUUCUUCUUGACGUUCAUCGCUCUGAUCGUGACUGGAUGUGUUUAUGGCCGCUGUGGCUGCUGUACGGCAGGGACCAAAAACAGAGUCUCGGCCGUCUGAAACAUGGGCUCCACAAUAAAGAGGAAGAUAGAAGCAGACCACAAUGAGCUAAAAUAAAAUGUGAUAUCACACAGCCAGUGAAAGUGGCACACACUUAAAGCUGAAUGAAAGCAACACUCAUCAGCGACAGUUGUGAAGCAAAUCAGAAGAGCUUUAAACGCAGAAACAAGUGUUU